AUGAGAUAUCACACACGAGUGACAUCUGAGCUAGUCAUGUUUGAGAGAAGCCGGCUUGACUUUACUCCUCGAGUCAGUGAGUUGGGCCAACUUUUCACGGCCCAUAAAACGAUCUCGUUAUUUCCCGCUCAAUUCAACUGUAAUCAACACAUAACCGCCUCGCUGAGUCACUCUGUUCCUCUCACGCGCUUAAAUCACCACGCCGUCUCUUCCCCUCUCUCACUCGCUCACAAGCCACCGCUGACAAACCUCCUCGCUCUCUCUCCCUCUCCCUCUCUCUCACACAAAAAGCUCAACGCCAUGAAAGCUUCCUUUGUCCCUCUUUUUCUCACAGUGAUUCUUGCGCUCUUCAAUGGAAGCUUCUCGCUUCCCACUACCAUCGGCGUCACCUACACAACUCCACCUCCAACCGCGACCACCAUCAACACUCCUAAACUUCCGCCGGACCGCAUCGCCGCCACCAUAUUUGGUCUCCAUCUCCCGGCCAUGAGACUACCAGAGUCAGAUCCCUCUUUGGUCCGCGCCUUCGCCUUCGCCAACACGUCGCUCCUCCUCACCAUCCCCAACCAGCUGGUCCCUUCUUUGGCCCUCAAUCGUUCCAAUGCCCUAGGUUGGAUCUACCGCCAUGUUUUGCCGUUCUAUCCUCGGUCAAGAAUCUCGAUGGUCUCUGUCGGCAACGACUUCUUGGCUAACGCACCUAAUCUGUCGCCGUACCUCUUACCGGCCAUCCGCAACGUCCAAUUGGCUCUCCGGGACCUAGGCAUCAAGAAGAUCGCCGUCUCCACAACUUUCUCUUUCAUCAACAUCAUAGCGACGCCGUUUCCACCAUCCUCCGCUAAUUUCCAAGAACCUGUUGGAAAUUUGGUUAUCAGGCCGUUUCUGCAGUUCUUGGAAGAGAUCAAUUCAUCUUUCUUGGUCAAUAUCUAUCCGUACAACAUGUACAGGCUUAGCAGGGACAUUCCGAUUGGUUUUGCUCUGUUUCAAGACCAUCCUUUCAAUUUUAGGGAUGAUUUGGUCACCGGCGUCAGGUACAGGAAUCUGUUUGACAUGAUGGUGGAUGCUGUGAUUAGCGCCAUGGCGGUGGCUGGCCACGAGAGUAUUCCUGUGAUUGUGGCUGAGACUGGGUGGCCCAGCUCUGGUGGAGAUGCAGUGGAGGCUGAUGCCACCACAGCCUAUGCGGAGAUGUAUCUGAAGGGUCUGGUGAGGCAUCUGAGAUCUGGUAUGGGCACACCACUGAGGAAAGAAGGGGUAGCAGAGAUUUACAUAUAUGAAUUGGUGGAUAAAGAGGUGAAGCAGGGAAACAGAAACUGGGGGAUCUUGUAUCCAAACAUGACAAAGAAGUACAAUUUCGACCUAUCUGGUGCAAAUGAGAUUGGUGGGCGUGGUAAGUUUGUGCUCAUUUUCUUGAUGCUGUUUGGUUUGCUGGUGUUAUUUUAGAAGAUAUGCUGUUUGAUUCUUGAAGUUGAGAACUGUUUCUCAGCUUUUCUACCAGCAAAACUCUGGGUUUUCUCGACUCGUUCUCAAGAAUUGAUGUUUCUGUUGCUCACAGACUCUGACUGGCAGUUGGGAAUCUGCUAAUUGGUUUCAUAUCUGCUCAUGAGAGUAUUAGAAAAUAUAUCCACUGUUAGUAGGUUUUUCCUGAAACGUUCUGUUAAUUAGAAUGGUGAUUGCGAUGAGAAGCUGAACAUUGCAGCAUAUUAAUGGU